UUUAAAACUACCCAUGCUCCCCCUGGAGAUACUCUCGUGCACUCAGGAGAUGUGCUUACUGCGUUGUACUUUCUGUCAAGAGGUUCUAUUGAAAUCCUUAAAGACGAUAUUGUUGUUGCAAUAUUAGGUAAAAAUGAUAUUUUUGGAGAGAUGGUUCACCUGUAUGCUAAGCCUGGGAAGUCCAAUGCUGAUGUUCGAGCUCUGACCUACUGUGAUCUUCAUAAAAUUCAGCGAGAGGACCUACUGGAAGUUUUGGACAUGUAUCCGGAAUUCUCAGAUCAGUUUCUCACAAAUCUAGAGCUGACUUUUAAUUUAAGAGAUGAAAGCACAAAGGCUGAGCUGCUAAGAGCACAUGUGGAUUCUGACUUUGAUGGAGAGAACUGCAAAUUAAGAAGAAGGAGAUUAUCUUUUAAAGAAAAAUCAGAUGAAGAUUGCAGCAAAGACAACAGCCAGGAUGGUUCAGAAAAUUCUCUGGAUGAUCUCAGACAUUGUGUCUACAACAAAACAAAUGCAGACAAAAAGAGAAGUGGGUUGUCAUCGCUGGUCUCCUCCAUUAAUGAACAGAAGCCACUGUUUACUGAAAUUGGGGGUUACAGCUCUGUUUUCACCAAGCCUUCUGUCCCCCAGUUUGAAGAAGCUGUGUGUCCUGACAAGUUAACAAUCACCAAAAGAAGCUUAUCCUAUCGAGAUAUAGCAAGUCCGAGGAGCUGGGAGAGAGAAGGUCAUGGGCUACAUGAGAGUACAACCCAUCACACAACAUUGAACAAUGUGACCUGGGGAAUGGGAGAAGCCGACAAUGAUCUGACUUACAGUGAGGUGGAGCACAGACUUGACCUUAUUCAGGAGCAGAUGAACAGGUUAGAAUCACAGAUGACUGCCGAUAUCCAAAGCAUCCUCCAGCUCCUGCAGAGACAGGCUUCGGUGGUGCCACCGGCAUACAGCAUGGUAACAGCCAGCUCAGACUACCAGAGACCAACUGUUAGACGAGUACAGAGUGUACAUUCUGGGGCAUCCAUCAAAACUGACCGCAGCUUCACUCCAUCAUCACAGAGUCCGGAAUUUGUAGACUUUGAAAAGUCCAGACCCAAAUCCAAAGAAUCCCUCUCCAGCGGAGUUCAUCUCAACACGGCGUCUGAGGACAACUUGACGUCACUUCUAGAUCAUGACUGCGACUCUCCAAUUGAGCUACAGGCUAGGCAUUGUCCAUCAUAUCUUAACCCAGUGAGGCACACUUCGCUGCCAGAUUCUUCCAUACACAACAGAGGG